AUGGUAUUGGCAAAGAGCAAGCAAUCGGUCGGUCUGGGCAAUGCCCUUAUGAACGACCGCUUCAAGAACAAAAACUCCAACCAGCACAAGGCCAACGCCGGAGGCAUUCAGAGAAAGGGCCAGAAUGGAGAGACAUACAUCACCAACAACAAGCAGGCCGCCGCCUACGAGAAGAUGCGCUCCGUCACCGAGCAGGGCGACCUGGACGAGUUCUUGUCCACCGCAGAGCUGGCCGGCACCGAUUUUACCGCCGAGAAGAUGAACAACGUCAAGAUCAUCCACAAGGACCAGAAGAAUCCCUACCUGUUGUCUUCGACCGAGGAGCGCAACGUCACCAAGAAGCACAAUAAGAACAGGAGCCGUCUGACCGUCCCUCGUCGCCCGAAAUGGGACUCUACCACCACCAAGGAGGAGCUGAACACACGCGAAAAGGAAGCUAUGAUUGAGUGGCGCAGAGACCUUGCCGAGCUGCAAGAAAACCAGGACUUGCUCCUGACUCCCUUCGAGCGUAAUCUCGAGGUUUGGAGACAGCUGUGGCGUGUCAUUGAGCGUUCCGACUUGGUCGUCCAGAUUGUCGAUGCUAGAAACCCCCUCAUGUUCCGCUCCGAAGAUAUGGAGUCCUACGUCAAGGAGGUCGACCCCAAGAAGCGCAACUUGCUGCUCGUCAACAAGUCGGAUAUGAUGACUCUCGAGCAGCGUCAGACCUGGGCCAAAUACUUCAUCGACCACAAAAUCAACUUCCGUUUCUUCUCCGCAGAGCUCGCUCGUGAGCUCAACGACGCCAAGGCUGACGAGGAUGAGUCGCGAGCUGAAGAGAUGGACGAUGAGGACAGCGAGGAGGACGAGAACGAAGACGAGAUCACCGAGGCUCUGGAAGGAGAGGAGAACGCUCUCGAGCAAGAGGCUAAGAAGCUCGACAUUCAAGACAAGGAAGAGGAGGAGGCCAAGUGGGUGGACGAGGAAUCAAUCGACGACAAACACGCUGCACCCGUAUCCGACGUCAUCCCUAUGUCGCUUGAGGAGGCCACACGCAUUCUGACCACUGAGGAUCUGGAAGCUCUCUUCUUGGAGCACGCUCCCAAGAUGGCUGCCGCUACCGAGGACAAGCCUGCUCGCAAGGUACAGAUCGGUUUGGUUGGUUACCCUAACGUUGGUAAAUCGUCGACCAUCAACGCUCUGCUCGGCGCAAAGAAGGUGUCCGUCUCUGCCACACCUGGUAAGACGAAGCACUUCCAGACUAUCCACUACUCAGACCAGGUCGUGCUUUGCGAUUGUCCCGGUCUCGUUUUUCCCAACUUCGCCUUCACAAAGGCAGAACUCACAUGUAACGGUGUCUUGCCCAUCGAUCAGAUGCGCGAGUUCACCGGUCCUGCCACCCUCGUCGCUACCCGUAUCCCCAAGCCUUUCCUCGAGGCUGUUUACGGUAUCAACAUCAACAUCAGAUCCCGCGAAGAAGGAGGUACCGGUACACCCACCGGUGAGGAGCUGCUCCGCGCAUACGCCGCCGCCCGCGGUUUCUUCACCCAAGGUCUCGGUCAGCCCGAUGAGAGCAGAGCCGCCAGAUUGGUUCUCAAGGACUACGUCAAGGGCAAACUGCUCUUCGUACACCCUCCCCCUGCCGAGCCGCCGAUCGACCACAAGCACUUCAACCGUGAACUCUACGACUACAACCACCUGCCCCAAAAGCGACGAGCCCAGCUUGCAGCUAUGCACUCGACUGCCAUGCACCCCGAGACACAAACCGGCGAUGAGCCAUCGCUCAUGGAGAACGAUGAGCUCGACAUGGUUCCCAUGAGUGGCGCAAAGACGACACGCAUGGACAAGCAAUUCUUCGCGCCGGGACAGGGCAGAGGAGAGCAAAAUAUGCCCUUCCACCACAAGUACACGGAGCAAGGACAAAGGAAAGUGGAGAACACUGGUGGCAGAUUGUUGACCGGCCGCAAAGCCAAGAUCAUGUUGGCCCUGGAGAAGGACAUGGAUCCUGAUGAUGUCAAGUUGAUGUCGUCGGGCAAGAAGCACUUCAAGGCCAACAAGAGGGCGCAGAAGAAGGUCAGAAGCGAGUACGACAUUUAA